AUGUCCCGCAGAGCAGAGCACCACGGAAAAUUACAGCAACCGUCACUGAACAAAGACAUUAUCUCCAUGGUAAAGGCAAGAGAUGGCGAUAAAUGCAUGAUUACCGGCCUACAAAGUUCAUUCUUCGAUCCAUUGAUUGUUGCACCUAUUCCUCGAAUCCGGAAUUCAUUAAACAGGAUUAUCAUGCCUUGCUAUGUAGUCCCAGCCAGCCCGAUGGUCCGCAGAAUCACAUGCUCAUCCGUCGCUCUGCUGCAAUCGCAUUUGCUCAAGGCCAUUUCAAAUUCAAGUUCUCAAAAGAUCCAAAUUAUCAUGUUUGGCAAGUCUGGAUUGGUGGCCCGGAUAGACCAUCAAUCCUAG